CAACGUCAGAAACAAUAACAAUGCUCUGGCGUCUGGCGCUUGAUUUGACAACAAAUAACGACAAUAGUUGACUUUUUAAUAAGAUUUACUACUUUACUUUAAAUGAGAACAAUUUUCAGAUUUUAUAAAUUAUCAUCAACAGUGUAUAUUUGUUUUUUAAACAAAGUUUUAGUUGUGCGUUAUUAACAUUACGACAAUUAUUGAUUAUGGCUGAAAAGUUCCAAUCUAAACUACCUCUUCUUAAGAAAAGCAUUAAUAACAAAUGGAAAAGUAAAUGUAUUGAGUUAUUGGACGAUUUGGAAAUCAAUUUGUAUAAUUCUGCUCUGGAUAGUAAUACUAAUGAUUUGCUGCAAACUAAAUUACAAUCUGAGUCAAGUUUUUGUGAAAUUCAGAAAGAAAUUGAUACUCUGCAGAAGCAAAUGAGUGAACUUGACACUAAAAUACAAAAUAAGCCUGAUAAAAGGUCGGAACUUGCUUUAUAUCAGCUCAUAACUAAACUGAGAUGGGAUUUAGAAAGUCCAGAAAAUCACAUAGUAGGAUUUGUUGCAGGAAAGCGUUUCCAGACUUUUGACAUGGAUACAAUGAAACAUUCUGAACAAGAAAUAGUUGAUAAACUGUGGGCAAUUAUUGAUCCAAAAGAAUGAGGUUACUCUGGCUCUGAUCUGUGUCAAAGUUUUAUGUACAGAAAGUUUUUUAGUUUUUUUAAUAUUUCAUAUUACUCAUAUUUACUUCAAUAAAAAUGUAGUUUUAUUUAA